GCAAGUCAAUAAGCCGAUAUAGGAGGCUGGGCGGACUCUGGGCCACAGAACUACUCAGAUCAAUAUCGACUCCGGUUCAAGUUGGGGAUUUAUUUCUUAAAAAAAAAAAUAUGCAACCUGUUACUCCUGCUCUAACGUCAAAAUAUUUUGGUUAGUGCGCAUGCGCGGAUGACAGUUGACAUCUGUCAAAAGAGCUGCAAAGUUGUGAAGAAGUUGAUACAGGAGAUAUUCUCAACCAUGGCUACAUCGGCGGAAGACAAGAGCUCUAACUUUCUGCGUCAGUUCAGAGAUUUAAAAACUCGUGAAUUUAAACUGUUAUCCGCCCAGCAGUUUAUGGAAGUUUGGAACCAUUACGACACUGAUGGUAAUGGAUUUAUUGAAGGAAGCGAGUUGGACAGUUUCCUUACUCAGCUUGUGACUAGCAUUAACUCACAAGACAUAGGACCAGAGGUGGUGUCCCCAACCGCUCUAAUGGAUGCUAAAACAUUACUUAUGAACGCCUUUGACGAAAACAGCGACGGCAAAAUUGAUAUCGCAGAACUUGCCCAGAUUUUGCCCACAGAAGAAACCUUUCUUCUUCUGUUCCGUAGAGACAAUCCAUUAGAAUCCAGUGUAGAGUUUAUGAAGGUUUGGAGAGAGUUCGACAAAGACAGAAGUGGGUACAUCGAGGCCGAUGAGCUGAAGAACUUUUUGUUACAUUUGCUGAAGCAGUCCAAAAGAGAUAAUGAUGUAUCGGAAGAACAACUCAUUACAUACACAGACACCGUGCUACAACUUUUUGACAGAAAUAAAGAUGGGAAAUUACAACUGAGUGAAAUGGCAAAGCUUCUUCCAGUGAAAGAGAAUUUCUUGUGUCGCCCAGUAUUCAAGAGACAGUUCAGAAAGAACAGUUCUGUGUCUGGUAGUGCAAGCAAGCUGACAAAAGAUGACAUUGAUAAAGUAUUCCGUCUGUACGAUAGAGAUAAUAGUCAUUUUAUUGAAAACGAAGAACUAAACGGAUUUCUGAAGGAUCUAAUGGACCUCGUGGAAGAAGACUAUGACGAAGCAGACCUGAUCCAGUGCAGAGAAGCAUUGUUAAGGGACUGUGACCAAAACCAUGACGGCAAAAUCGACUACAACGAACUCCGCAUGCUGCUGAUGUCCUAUAACCAGGUCUCAAUCGAUAACCCAGGUUUCGAGCAGGAAGACUCUUCCUAGGUUACAUAGGCUGAUUUGUAUCCUAUAGGACUGUAGUUAUUUAUAUAUCCCUCAUAACGUAUUGGAGGUUUGGGUCUCUUAAAAUUCCGCUGAUAUAUUGUUAUUGAUUUUGUAUUUUGACAUCUUUGGUGUUUUAACGUGUAUUUCUAUUGUAUUUUAACUGUAUGUAUACAUGUAGGACCAAAACUGCAUUAAAGAUUUUCAAAUAUUUAACUUAUUGUAAGCAAACGCUUUCAAUGUGAUGUUAUUAAUCAAAAUAUUGAUCGUAAGGCUUGUUACUAUGUCAUCAUUUGAAAUACUCUGUACAUGGAACUGCUGCAUGGUCACUGCAUCAUAGUUUGUUACAAAUUCUAGCCCGCCAAGCUGUGUAACAAAAGAGACCGUCAUCAAAAGUAGUGUUUAAACAGAGAACAUUUUAACACUGAUCAAAGAUGUCAAUAAUAGUAAAGAAUUUACCUAGUGUUAUUUUGGGUUUAUUGCACUAGUAAUUUAACUCGUAUGUAUGCUAGUACCUUUUGCAUGUUUAUAAGUAUAGACUAAUGUAUCGAUUAGAAUUGAAGAUGUAUAUAUUUCAUUUUGUUGUUUGGAAGUUGUACGCACAAAAUGUGUUAAGAAUAAUGUAAUCUCAUUAAACAGACCGUUUGAAGUAAUGAAUUAUGUGCAUUAAUACCAAGUAAGUAGCUUUGAUUGUUACGAGAUAUUUCUUUGUUAAUGACUAUAUGCCAAUGUAUGAUGGUGUUGUCAAUAAUAAAACGAUAUGAUAAUUAAAGCUUAGCCAAAAUGAUUAGAUAAUUAUAUAGUUGUGUUUGAAAACAAUAUAACCCGAUUUUAAUUAUAGCUUAAACAUCUACAUGUACUUUUUAAUUCCAUGAAAAGUAUUGAUUUACUUUACAGUAUUUCAUUUCUAUUUCAGUUUCCUUAGUUGUUGUAGUACUAUCAUGUAGUACUAUACACGUAUUUUAUUUCUUGGUACUUGCCAACACUCCCACAACGAUAUUGAAAAGUAAUCGUUUCACCUUUUUAAUUUUUUUUAUUGUGUAAAUAUCAAAAUACGACUUGAUAUUAAGUUUAGAUAAAAUAGAAUAGUAAACUGUCUUAUUUUCUAUUUUUAAAAAUACGAAAUACUCAUUUGUUCAUGUCAUUUAUAAAACUAAUAGCAAAGUCGCAUUGAUGUUACAAUGUAACUCGGGUUGCUUUUAAUUGUCGUUUCUUUAAUAUUUUCUUGAUAUUUUUGGUAAAGCUAUUGUGUAUUAUUGUAGUUUUCUGAAUUUGUCAUAGUUCAACUAAAACAAAUUUUUUGUAGAUAGCAAAUUUGUUAUCUACGAUGUGAUGGCAAAUAUUGUUUUGCAUAUCGUUUAUUUUGUAGUUUUUUGUGGUAAUUUUUUGAAAGAUUAAUAAACAUGCUCUCUUACAUGUA